AUGUUGGCGAAAUCCGCGUCAACGUUGCUCGUUUUUGCAUUCUGCAUUGUCGUUCCACUUUACGUCCAGGCGCAAGAAGGCGUAAACAAUUACUUGGAUGUGGAGACACCAAAGGUUUUUUAUUUUGCUUCACCACUCCGACAGCCGGAAAGUCUGCGCUCGCCACAAUACUUUGACUUCUUGAGUACAUUGUAUCGUCGUGAUGCUACCAAAGCUGAUCUCUUCCGACCGUAUGUGAGACCACGACGUGCUAUUGCCAAUGAUGCACCCCUCUCAGUGCCAUUAGAUGUUUCGUUGUCGCCUGUCGCUGCUGUGGCUGCAUCUGGCGCCGCACCACUAGUAGGACGUCCACGUCGUGCCAUCAUCUUCCGACCGCUGUUCGUCUACAAGCAGCAACAGAUUCGUAGAGAGCAGUCAAAUCAUCGUCGUCGCGUGUAAGGUAAUCUGUCAACGGCGUUGGUUAGUAUUUUCGGUAAUCUAAAAAUUAAACUGGGAUCCGCUAGGUGUAAUUUAUAUUUUUGACUACGUACUGUGUUUAUGUAAUUGUACUUUUUUUAUAUUGAUAGUGUCUGCGUAUUCUUGCACACUCUUUGCUAAAUUCACUUAUAAUAUAAAUUCUAAGUUUUUAUGUGUAUUUAGAUCUUCAUAUAAUACAUAAUCGCUUUCUGUAUUCAUCUUUGUGUUGCUCAUUUUCUCGUCAUUUAAAGAAAUCAAAAUGAAAUACAUACAUAAAUAUGUAUCACAUAAGCUCGAAUUUGGUAAUAGAAAAUUUAAAUAUGUAAAUUAAGUUUCUUGAACAAAGUUGAACAUAUGUACCAUAGGUAUAAUUGAGUGUACAUAUAUAUAAAAUUUAUUUAGGCGUAGUCCCUUAUAAUUUAAGUAUGCGUAUAAGUUUUCGGAAAUUUAUUUAAGAUGAGUAGAAUUCUCCUAGGUUUAACAGAGUUUAAACGCUGUGAACUGUUAAAAUAUGUGAAAUUAUUAUGUUAAAUUUUUAUUACUAUAUAAUCUCAUUGCACGCCAUUAUAACCAAAUUAUAAAAUUCAACAUAUUUAUGUAUGUAAAUAAAUAAUCAAAUAAAUAUA